ACUAAUUAAUACAAAUAAUAUAACACAACCAGAAACACAACCUAAAGAGCAAUCUGAAAAACAACUUAAAGAACAAUCUGAAUUGCAGUAUUAUUUUACAAAUAACAAUAAUUUUUUAGUUGAAGUAUUAUCUUCUGAAAAUUAUGAAGCUUGUGAUAUGCCAAUUAAUUAA